GUCGGAAGAAAGAGAAAGAAAACGACCUCCAUUUUCACGAAGGAAGUCGCGCAGUCCGUGCGAAGAAGUUGUAGGAAACCCAUUAUCCAACGACGACCGUGGAACUUUAGGCGUUCAGUUCAGCAGUACUCUAAAUCCAGCAGCAGCAAUCCGCAGAAACAACAACGAUGUCGAUGAUUUCUGCCCGUCUGGCGGCCUCCGUGGCCCGCAGCCUGCCCAGAACCGCGACCCAGGUUGCUAAGAUCGCCGUGCCGGCUGUUUCGGUUGCCGCUCGCAACUUCCACGUUUCCACUGCCAACCGUGGUGCCGAAAUCUCGGCCAUCCUCGAGGAGCGCAUCCUCGGCUCAGCCCCGAAGGCUGACCUGGAGGAAACUGGCCGUGUGCUCAGCAUCGGUGACGGUAUUGCCCGUGUGUACGGUCUGAAGAACAUCCAGGCCGAUGAGAUGGUGGAGUUCUCCUCCGGCCUUAAGGGUAUGGCCCUUAACUUGGAGCCGGAUAACGUCGGUGUGGUCGUGUUCGGUAACGACAAGCUGAUCAAGGAAGGCGAUAUCGUCAAGCGUACCGGUGCCAUCGUCGACGUGCCGGUCGGUGAUGAAAUCUUGGGCCGCGUCGUCGAUGCCCUCGGUAACGCCAUUGACGGUAAGGGUGAAAUCAAGACGAAGCAGCGCUUCCGUGUCGGUAUCAAGGCUCCGGGUAUCAUCCCGCGUGUGUCUGUGCGCGAGCCCAUGCAGACCGGUAUUAAGGCCGUCGAUUCGCUUGUGCCGAUUGGUCGUGGCCAGCGUGAGCUGAUCAUUGGUGAUCGUCAGACUGGCAAGACUGCUCUGGCCAUCGACACCAUCAUCAACCAGAAGCGCUUCAACGACGGACAGGAUGAGUCGAAGAAGCUGUACUGCAUCUACGUCGCCAUCGGUCAGAAGCGUUCCACCGUCGCCCAGAUCGUGAAGCGUCUGACUGAUGCCGGUGCGAUGAACUACACCAUCAUCGUGUCCGCCACCGCUUCGGAUGCCGCUCCGCUGCAGUACCUGGCGCCGUACUCGGGCUGUGCCAUGGGUGAAUACUUCCGUGACAACGGCAAGCACGCCCUGAUCAUCUACGACGAUUUGUCGAAGCAGGCCGUCGCCUACCGUCAGAUGUCGCUGCUGCUGCGUCGUCCGCCAGGUCGCGAGGCCUACCCGGGUGAUGUGUUCUAUCUGCAUUCGCGUCUGCUGGAGCGUGCGGCCAAGAUGAGCCCGACGCUCGGAGGCGGUUCGCUCACUGCCCUGCCCGUCAUCGAAACGCAGGCCGGUGAUGUGUCCGCUUACAUUCCAACCAACGUCAUCUCGAUCACAGACGGACAGAUCUUCUUGGAGACGGAAUUGUUCUACAAGGGUAUCCGACCGGCCAUUAACGUCGGUCUGUCCGUGUCGCGUGUCGGCUCCGCUGCCCAGACCAAGGCCAUGAAGCAGGUCGCCGGUUCGAUGAAGCUGGAGCUGGCCCAGUACCGUGAGGUCGCUGCGUUCGCCCAGUUCGGUUCGGAUCUGGAUGCCGCCACCCAGCAGCUGCUGAACCGUGGUGUGCGUCUGACUGAGCUGCUGAAGCAGGGUCAGUACGUGCCGAUGGCCAUCGAGGAGCAGGUCGCCGUCAUCUACUGCGGUGUGCGCGGUUACCUGGACAAGAUGGACCCGGGCAAGAUUACCAAGUUCGAGAAGGAAUUCCUGGCGCACGUCAAGACGAACGAGAAGGCGCUGCUGCAACAGAUCGCCUCGGAGGGCAAGAUCUCGGACGAUGCCGACGCUAAGCUGAAGUCCGUCGUCACCAGCUUCAUGUCCACCUUCUCCGCUUAAAUGGUGCUGACUUCCGUAUAGUUUUUUCCGAAGCAUUAAAUCCUUUUGUUGCUUCACAAAUCCCUUCUAAGAAGAGAACGACAGAGAGAGAGAGAGAGAGCGAGAUACGGAGGCAGAUACGGAGGCCUCCGAAAAAAAGCAACAACAAAACAAAAGCACGGUGACAAAAAGAUCUUGUUGACACGAUGGAAGAAAAUCAAAUGGGAAAAGCGAGAAAGCACUGGUUCGGAACCGCGCAUGCCAUCAGUAAACAGGUGCAGAGAAAAGUAUCGUUUUAAAACACACCUUCGCCCAUUGCACUACAACAACAGCCGUAUGAAUGAUAGAACCACUGUGCAUAGCAAGUACUGCACGGCUAGAAACAACAUCCUACCACACGAUCAAGAACCGAGGGCGGCACGAAUUCGUAUUAGGGAGACACAUGUAGAUGGAAGAAUUUCAAUAAAGCGAGCGACAGUCAUUUUCCAGCGCCUCCCGACAAACCCCGGUACCGAUAAUGAUGCUGCGUGUUAACCCUUUGGGCCCGUUAGUGGAUGCUGGAAUGACUGAAACAAAAAAAUCGAAAAUA